AAAAUAAAAAAUGUCUCUUCUUCAUUUCAACCUCUACUUUGUAAUGGUGUUCUUCUUCCUCUUUCUUGGUAUAUCCAAAGCAAACUAUACCAGAACCAGUCACUACGAACAAGAAGAAGCAACAAUUGCAAAAACUAUCAUAGUUGAUCAAAAAGGCAGAGGACACUUCACUGGCAUUCAAAAAGCCAUUGACUCUGUGCCUUCAAAAAACAAUCAAUGGACUCUCAUCCAUGUAAAACCAGGUAUUUACAUUGAAAAAGUUGAAGUCCCUGUAGAUAAACAGUUUAUUAUUCUUCAAGGAGAGAGCAGGAAAACAACUCGGAUUCAAUAUGGAGAUUGUGGUAGCUCUACCCGAAGCUCUACAUUUAUUUUGAAUGCAGAUAAUUUUGUUGCGGUUAAUAUUUCGUUCAAGAACACUUAUAAUUUGGUCAUACCAAGGGCAGCCGGAAGAAGUAUUUUAUGGGCACCGGCAGCAACCAUAUAUUCCGAUAAGGCAAGUUUCUAUGGAUGUGGAUUUUAUGGAGUGCAAGACACUUUAACAGAUUUCAAGGGCCGUCACUAUUUUAAGUUUUGCUAUAUUGAAGGUGCAAUAGAUUUCAUUUGGGGGAGAGGCCAAUCAGUAUACCAGAGAUGUGUUAUAAAUGCAAAAACUGGAAUUUUAAAUGGAACAGCAGGUUAUAUUACAGCUCAAGGGAGGAGAAGCCCAAACGAUGAAGAUGGUUUUUCAUUCCUGUCAUGUUAUAUAUAUGGGACUGGCCCUGUUUAUCUAGGAAGAGCAUAUGGUCAAUAUUCAACAGUGGUGUUCAGGACAAGUUACCUGUCCGAUGUUGUCAAGCCUGAGGGUUGGGAAGCAUGGUUUUUUAUUGGUCGAGAGAAUGGUAUUAAGUACUCGGAAGUUUCUUGUUUUGGACCGGGAGCAAAUAAAUCUCGACGAGUCAAAUGGGAGAAAACACUAUCAACUCGCGAUUUGAAGAAAUUAACUAAUAUUAAUCACUUCAUAAAUGGAGAUAGAUGGAUUCAACAACAACCUCAAGUAGAUGGAUUCAAGAACAACCUCAAAUCCGAUGAUUAUUUCCCCUAAAGAAGAAAAAAAAAGGGGGAAAAACAGAAUGUCUUGUUGUAUCUUAUUCUUUUUUACUAAGA